ACAUGGGCAAUGGCAGAUACUAUUGCUAUAUAAACUUGACGCAUUGUGCUACAUUUUUAAGUCUCAUCCAAGAGUCCAACAUUAUAUUGUAGCUUAGUCUUAAAUAGCCACAUUUGCCUUACUUUUUCCAUGGCAAACCACCAUAAUACAAUCUUCUCACUUGAUAGGAAAGAUUUUGUGCUUGUAAAACCCGCAAAACCCACAGCUUCAUGUAUUCUUUCUCUUUCUAGCAUUGACAACAAUCCCAACCUUCAACUUCUUUCCCACACCGUUUAUGUGUACCGAUCAAAUGUUGAUUCCUCUAAUGAUAAUAAUCAUGACUUCACAUCAAGUUGUUGCAGGCAAGCAGAUCCAGCUAGUGUGAUUAGAGAAGCUCUCUCUAAGGCUUUGGUUUAUUACUAUCCUCUGGCUGGCAAGCUUAAGAAAAACAGUGCUGGAAAACUUCAAAUCAAUUGCACCGGAGAUGGAGUGCCAUUCUUAGUGGCAACUUCCAAUUGCAACCUCUCUUCUCUUCACUAUCUAGAUGGGGUUGAUGCUGAAGUAACCAAACAGUUUGUGUAUGAUAUUCCAUCUGAAGGUGACUCUGGUUACCACCCUCUUGUUUUUCAAGUGACCAAAUUUUCAUGUGGGGGUUUCACAAUUGGGAUGGGUUUGUCACACUCCGUAUGUGAUGGGUUUGGUGCAGCACAGUUCUUCCGAGCCCUGGCAGAGCUUGCAUGUGGAAAGAGUGAGCCCACGGUGAAACCUGUGUGGGAGAGAGAAAGACUGGUGGGAACACCUACUGAGGAGCCUUUCCAACUCCAUGUGGAUAGGACUUCUUUAGCAACUUCACCAUAUCUGCCAACUACAGACCUCUUGCAUGAAUGCUUUUACGUAAGUGGUGAUAGUAUAAACAGACUCAAAAUAAGUUUGAUGAAGGAAUGUGGGAGUGAAAUUUUGAAUGAAAGUUUCACCACUAUUGAGGCUGUUAGCGCGUAUGUUUGGAGAUCAAGGUUAAGAGCUCUAAAGUUGAACACAGAUGGGGAAAUUCUGUUCUGGUUGAUUGUGGGGAUAAGGAAGCUAUUGAAUCCACCUUUGCCAGAUGGGUAUUAUGGGAAUGCUUUUACAGAGGCAAAUGUAGAGUUAAUGGGAGGGGAAUUUAAUGAAGUACCACUCUCAAAGGUGGUGAAACUCAUAAAAGAUAGAAAAAAAAAUUUGCUUCCAAAGUGAUUAUAUCAUGCACUCACUAGGCGUUUUGGAAAGAUGAAGAGAAGUCAAUAUAAAGUUUAAUGGUGGAGGGGCAUCAAUGGUUUUAACAGAUUGGAGGCAACUCGGUUUGUUGGAAGAAGUAGAUUUUCGAUGGAAAUUAACAUUAUACCCGUGCCAAUGAACAUUUUUGGGUAUGUGGACUAGUGUAUGUUCUUGCCUCCUAGCAAUGUGGGUCCUUCAAUGAAAGAUGGGGUUAGGGUAUUUGUUUCUCUUCCCAGAGCUGCCACGGACAAGUUCAAAGAAGAGAUGUGUGCCCUUAAGAUUGGAGGUGAUAGUGCUUGUGCUUUAGUUUUGUUU